AUGACCAGAGACGUGCGCGAGGGCGUCUGCUCCUUCUUUGGGCUCCGCUUUCGAGUUUUUGACACAGCAGGACUCGAACCCGCGACCUCUACCUCCCACCAGGGCCAUGAGGGUAGUGGGGCGGGAGGGAGUGGUGGUGGGGGAAGGAUUGUGGGAUUUACUCCGAGCCUUCUGGGGAAUUUACCAGAGGCGGAUCGUGCGGCUAUGGAGGCGUCGAUUCUGCAACGAACGGCUGAAAUCACGUCGUACUUGCUGGGGCAGGCAGCGGCUGUGCUGUUUCUCGUGGAUGCCAGAGCUGGCAUUCAACCUGCUGACGUGGAGGUUGCUGAUUGGCUGCGUCGCUCUGUGCCAAAGCACCGGGUGGUGCUGCUGGCGAAUAAAUGCGAGGGGCUGGGCGGCGACAGCACAGGCCUGCUGGCGUGCCACGUGGCAGAAGCCUAUUCGCUGGGGUUCGGCGACCCGAUCCCGAUAUCGGCCGAGUCUGGGGAGGGACUGGAGGACCUUUAUGCUGCUGUGAAGGGACCGGUGGAGGAGAAAGAGAGGGAGGGGAGAGAGGAGAGGGAGGAAAGGCAGAGGGAUUUGAGAGAGCGGAGAGAGGAUAUGGAAGGAAGAAAGAUGGCCAUUUCAGGGAUGAGUCAACGUACAGAGGAGGCCGGCGAUUUUGCGGCGUUGCCUGACAGCAGUGAGUGUUCUGAUGCAGCGCUAAAUGGUGACGCUGCUUAUGCCGCUGUGGCUCUAGAUAUAACCACCUCACCUGCAGCAGAGGAGGAGGUGGUGGAGGAGGAGGAGGAGGACGACGACGAAGCAGCAGCACAAGCGUUGUUAUCAUCCUCAGCAGCAGAAGCAGCAGCAGCAGCAGAGGCGGCAGAGGCGGCAGAAACCUCAGAGAUUCCGCUACAGCUGGCGAUAGCAGGGCUGCCGAACGUGGGCAAGUCAACGCUGGUCAACUCGCUGCUGGGGGCUCAGCGCGUUCUGACGGGGCCGGAGCCAGGGCUCACUAGGGACGCUGUGCGCAUUGGCAUCACGUACCAGGGCAAGCCCAUGUGGCUGGUGGACACGGCGGGGUGGGUGAAGGCAGCGCAGGCGAGGCAGAGGGGGCCGGUGUCACUGGCGCGCAUGGACAUGGAGAGGAGCAUUGGACGCGCGCACGUGGUGGUGCUGGUGCUGGAUGCUGCCGUGGUGGCGGAAGAGGAGAAGUCGCUCAAGACAGCAGAGAGGGCGCUGGCGCGGUGGGUGUGGGAGGAGGGGCGCGCACUGGUGGUGGCGGCGAAUAAGAUGGACGCAGUGGGGGGGGACAGGGACAAGCGGUGGGUGCGCAAGAAGGUCAGGCGGGCCGUGCCUUUGGAGAUCGCUGCCCUGCUGCCGCAGGUGGGUGAGCGAGGGAGGGACAAGCGGUGGGUAAGGAAGAAGGUCAGGCGGGCCGUCCCGGUGGAGAUCGCUGCUCUGCUGCCGCAGGUGGGUGAUGAGGGCUGGUGUUGGAGUGUCACUAGAGGGACUAGAGGGGCGGCAGGGACAAGCGGUGGGUGCGCAAGAAGGUCAGGUGGCCCGUCCCGCUGCUCUGCUGCCGCAGUGUUCACGUCAGCACUGCAUGGCGAGGGAGGCAAGGAGCUGAUGCAGGCGGUGUCAGACGCGUACGACCGGUGGAACACCAUGCUGCCUGCUGCACGGCUCAAGCACUGGCUGCCACAGACCCUGAGGAAGCUUCCUGGCUCGUGCACUGCAGCUUCCGUAAAGAGCAUUGUGCAGGUGAAGUCACGACCGCCCACCUUCUUGGUCCGUGUCACCGCUGCUGCUGCAGGGGACCGCUCUCUCGCCCGCUUCUUCUCCACCAGAAUUGCAGCUGACUUUGGGUUUGAUGGCGUGCCGGUGCGUGUGGUGCUGCGAACAAAGGAGGGCACCAGAUGGUGA